AUGGGCGACCUGCAGCUUUAUUUUGAAUCCUGCUCCAUGAACUUCAGUGAUUUAAUCAACACCAACUGGGGAGAUUCGCCAAGGUCCAUGCUUCCUAUCUACAAAGAGCUUAUCGCAGCUGGCCUAAGGAUAUGGGUCUUCAGUGGAGACACAGACGCCGUAAUCCCCUUAACAUCAACAAGAUACUCCAUUGAUGCUCUUGGCCUCCCAACUACCACUAGCUGGUAUCCGUGGUAUGAUAAGAAACAGGUUGGUGGAUGGAGCCAAGUGUACGAGGGCCUGACCUUGGUGACCGUCCGUGGCGCAGGGCACGAGGUUCCCCUCCACCGCCCGCAGCAAGCACUCAUAUUGUUCCAACAGUUCUUGAAGGGAGAACCCAUGCCAAAAAAUGGAACCGUGGUAUAG